AUGCAAGAUGUUGGUUGUAUUCUACAGUUGAUAAGAACUUCCGUUAACUGUUAAGAUGGAGAGCUGGUUUUGGAUUCUUGGCUGGUUCCUUUCAUUUCUAACCAUCACUGGAAAUGGAUUUACAAUCUUCCUCGUAUGCAGCAGACGAACUCUCCGCACUAAAACUAACGCGUUUAUUGUUUCACUUGCCGUGGCGGAUUUCUGUGUUGGUUUGAGCGUUAUUCCUUCUCUGUUUUUUUGCGACAUUACAAACACCUGCGACUGGCCUCAACAUUUGAGAACUUGGGUGAAUAUCAUAAGGUGGUUGUUUAGUAAUACGUCUGUUGUAAACUUAUGCGUCUUAGUACUGGAUCGUUUUAUUGCCAUCGUCCAUCCUCUAAAAUACAUUACUUUGAUGACUCGCCGUCGAAUUACCCAAGCUAUUUUCUUCUCUUGGGUUCUAACAGUUAGUUAUAAUGUGCUAAAAGAUACCCUUUGUAUUGUUUUAUAUCAAAAUAAGACCUGUCCUUUUGCAAUUUGGGUGAUGACCAUAGUUUUCGAGAUUCUUCCAUGUCUUAUACUGAUACUCUGCUUUGUAUCAAUGAUAUUUCAUGUACGCAGACAUGAUCGGUCAGCACACACCCUAGCAAAACAGUUACGUUUUAACCAUCAGGAGUCUUUUAAAACUCAUCGCGAGAAGUCUGCAGUAAUAAUGAUGGGUCUUGUGAUAGGAGUGUUUCUUGUUUGCUAUGGGAUGUAUCUGCGUUGUAGUUUUCUAUUACUAUCCUCAUCGCCCUGCCAUGAUAAAAACUACAAAAUUCCUAUCUUGGUUUUAAACUCGGCCAUUAACCCCCUGGCUUAUGCCUUUUUUAAAAGAGACAUAAAGAAAGAGUUUAAAAGACUUGUUGCCGCUGUGUUUUAA